ACGUGUCACGUGAGAUUGUUUUGUUUGGGCCUCGGUCCUGCAGACUGGAGGGAAUUUGAAAUGGCAAGAAACGAGGAGAAGCAACAAGGGAGACUGAACAGACUGUGGCUUCAGAAAGAGAGAGAGGAGGGACGCCUCAAAGAUGUACAUGAGCGGAGACCCAAGCUGCUUUAUCUCUUUUCUUUUCAGUCUACUCUUAAUUCAGCUUCCUCUGUGAAGAAGUGGAUCCCCAGCAUCAAGAGUGAAAUAGAGUAUUAUUUGCAGCAAUCACAGCUGUCUCACUACCCAGAGAGGAAGAUAGCCGAGUUUCAGCUGCACAUUGAGUCUUUAGAAAAGGAGUACAAAAGCUUCAUUGCCAAACUACGAGUUCUUGAUCCCUCCUGCAAACAUAAGCCGUGGACUCCUCGUGCAUACUGCAAAAGGAGAGCAGACACACAAGACUCUUCAAGCAUCGUGAAAGUCCCUCGGCCCUGUGAGUCACAUGAUGGUUGCAGUCAGUGGGGUAGAGGUUUGAACGAGAGUGACUUGGCCUGCAAAUGGGCAGGAAGUCCUAAAACCUCUGAGGCUGUUUGUGCAGACCAGGACCAACCCCUCUCCUUUGACCACACAAGGCUGGCCGUGGUGGCUGCUGCUUUCAGAGGUUCGUCACUUCAGGGAGGUGCCUCUAAGACACAGAGCCUAGCCAGGGUGCUGCAGUCUGGCCUGCCAAACCUUGUGAACGCUUCAUUAAGGCAAACAUUUUCAGCCCAGAGCGGCGACACAGAGAAUGACGAUGGGGCAACGAUGGGAUCUGCUGUCAGGCAGAACAGUGACCUCCAAGAGAAUAUGUCUGAUUGGAAAGCAGCACAGAGGAUACCUGGGAAAUCAUCGCAAACUGUGACAACAGAGGAGAAGUCAGGUCAUGUCCUGGGACUAGACUGUUACUCUUCCUCCGAUGAGGAGUGUCACUCAUAGUAUUGUUUGAUCAUAACAUACAGUGGUUCACAUUUUUCCACAUUUUGAAUUGCAAUGACUUUUUUAUUAUGCAACCUCUUGUUGCUCUGUCAUAUGGACAAAAGUAAUACCACGAUAUUAUGACCUCAUCAUUAUGUUGAUGAGUGUUUUGCAUUUUGCAUUUCAGUAAAGCAAAACCUGUAAACA